AUGAACAUGAACCUUCUGAUGGCGCAGCUUGUUGCUAUGCCGGGGACGAAAAUACAGAAGGUCCUGGCUAUACUUGAGGCGCUUCAAUGGUCACUAGUUUGGGAUGCCAAGGAAAUGGCGAAAUUCUCAAGAGCAUCUUUCUUUGAGGCAGCCUUGGACGUGUUAAACCAACAUACUGGGCGUGAUCUGACAGUCAUUAUUCCAACCAUAGGUAGCAUAAUCCUUAACCUUCGUAACCGUAGCUGCAACAAACUGCAGAUUGCCUUCGGUCUCUUCUUAUUCAGCCAUGGAGCUCCAAGAAAAGUCAUUGAGGUCCUUUGCCUAGCUGGUUUAUCGGUGUCUCCAUGGACUAUAGAUCGAGCAUUGGAAUCACUGGGAAAGGAUUCUGCAGGACAAGUACGGAGGAAUAUAGGGAUGGAAUUCUGUUUCCUGGUUUAUGACAACAUCAAUUUCGCCACUCAGAAGUGCGAUCAGCGGUCGAAUAAUGUUGACAGCUUUGAGAGUGGCACGACUGCGACGAUGGUGGUGGGCGAAGAUCCAGGAAACCAGAAUCAGCGGACCUAUGCGGAGACUUACGGGAAACUCAAAGCGGAUGACCUUAUGUCUGAUACCGAAAAUGCAAAGCACCUCGACUUUGUUUUGCAUUGCCGUGUCCAGACCUUUGAAGAUUGGUUCAAACACAAGCAAAUCAUCACGGCUGGGGACCUCCUCGCCACUGUCCAGAUCAGGACUGCAAAGAAGUUACGGCGGGACGACACAAGCAACUACAAUAAGCUACUAUGGGUAACACCGGUGCCACAACUGUUCCACCUACAAAUAUCGCUCGCAGGAACAAUCCUCAACAAUCAUUACGGCGAUAAAGACACCGCUGGGCCGCUAGCGUUCAAUGCAGCAUUGCUAGGAAGAAAGAGAGUCAACAUUAAAAAAAUAGACUUCCAUGCUGUCGACGAGCUGCUGCACCAUACAUUUGAUGCAAUGGUCCUCCGAUUAUGGCAACUGGAGCUGGUGACUGGGGAUUUGGCAACGCUUGGUAAGGCUUGUACUAAGGAAGAGCUAUCCCGUCUGGUCGGCGAGAAAGUAUCCCUCAUUAUCUCCAAAUAUCUGGAUCUGGAUUUACCAAAGAGUGCAAUGUGGCCACAAGGAACGCCUCUCUCUUUCUCAGAGACAUGA